AUGUCAACGUGCAUAGCCUCUAUUGCAAGGGCCUGUAUAGUGGUAUCAUCAGCAGAGAUAAUUACAAAACGACACGAGUGUCAUGACGGAAAUCAACUUGAAAUUCCUAAACGAGAAGUAGAGCACAUGCAUAAAUCUUGUCUGGUCGAAAUACAACAUGGAGUUGAAUAUAAGAAGCCUUUAUUUUUAGUACAUCCGGUUGCCGGAGAUGUGUACUUCUAUCAAGAUUUAGCUACUGCUUUGGGGUCACAAGUACCUAUAUAUAUGGCUUCCGAGCAUUAG